AUGGUGCUGCUUGAUUACACGAAGCAUCGGGCUGAAACCCAUAACCGUACUGUCUCGUUGGCACCAAACAACUCUGGAAUCUCGCGAGAAACUCUUCUCAUCCGAGCUUCGGUGAAGAUCGAGAAUCUUCGAGACUCCUUUCUCGAGUGCUGCAAGAUGGCAUCAGCGACUAUCAAAGAAAGCCUAGAGAGCCUACAAAGUGUAGAGAGCCUAGGACGAAAAGAUUCUACUUGCCCCGCCCUUGGCAAAGGACUUGAUCGCAGCCGUCCCAGAGUCAGGAACGGAGGUCACCGUCCCCGUAGUCUCAGUCCGUGCAUCCUCAAAGCUGGUGAAAGUCGGGCAUCUGACUUUGUUCGCAAGAACAACCCCCGUGGACUAGACAAGAGCGGCUCCAUGCUGGAUCUGUUUUCCGAGCCGAAAAAGCCCAAGUUGGAGUUGCAGGCUGCCCACACUAUGAGAGCAACCUCAGGCAAGCGGCAGGUUGAUGGUGCUUCCAGUCUUGCUCGUUUUGAGCAAUCAAAUGCCAUGCGCCGCACCGCAAGUGAUGGAACGGGUGGUUUGCUCCCAAGCCGCGCCUGUAAGGGGUGCCACAAUUCUGGUACCAGCAGGCAUGUCAGCUUGUCUCCCGUCCGAUCUCAUAGAGAGCGCGUUCGCAAGGCCUCGUUGUCGCCCGUUCGAAGAUCUCACGAGGGCCGCUUGUCGAAGGGGGGCAGCCUCAAGUCCAACUUGAGUAGUUCCAGCAGUGACUUGUCAAUCCCUGACAACAACUGCACAGAGGCCAUAGUUAGCGAUCGUCGCAGUCGAAGACGAUGUCGUCGCUCUGCUAUGAAACGAUCCCACUCCAGCACAUCUCUCCUUGCCCGUGCCGGAUCCCAACGCAACUUGAUGUUGUUCAACGACGAUGCGGCUGUUGAGGCUCGACAGUCCAGCUCUUCGACAUCGAGUGACAACACUAAAGUUAGCCAUACCAGCUUUGUGGGAACUCGAAUCCGAAGGUUGAGCCGCUCGCAACUCAUGAGUGGUAACAAUCCAGCUGCUUAG